AAAGUACAACAACAGUUGACGUUUUGUUAUUACAUAAAGUGUCAGAAAUUUAGUGCGAAUUAUUAACUAAAUCGAGCGGAUGGCAGCUUUAAUAAGGAAUCUGGGCGCUAGAGCUGCUGCCAUUGCUCUAACGACUAAACAUGUGAUACCCGCAGGUAGCACAGCUGUCCUGCGUAUGGCUAGCACGGCGCCCGUUGAUGCCAAAAAGGCUGAAAAGCCCACUGUGCGGAAACCAGACGCAGCCGCUCGCACUAAUCUCUCGGAUUUCGGACGCUAUGUGGCCGAAUGCUUACCCAAAUACGUGCAGAAGGUGCAAUUGACUGCUGGGGAUGAGCUGGAAGUACUGAUUGCGCCUGAAGGAGUAGUGCCUGUGCUCCAAUUCUUGAAAGAUCAUCACCAGGCACAAUUCACCAAUUUAGUUGAUAUUGCCGGUUUGGAUGUCCCUUGCCGCAAAAAUCGUUUCGAGGUAGUCUACAAUUUGCUGUCGUUACGCUUCAAUGCUCGCAUUCGUGUCAAGACCUACACGGAUGAGCUUACGCCACUGGAUUCAGCAUGCGAUGUCCACAAGGCAGCCAAUUGGUAUGAGCGCGAGAUCUGGGACAUGUACGGUGUAUUCUUUGCCAAUCAUCCAGACUUGCGUCGCAUAUUGACCGAUUACGGUUUCGAGGGACAUCCACAGCGUCGCGAUUUCCCCCUCUCCGGCUAUGUGGAGCUGCGCUAUGAUGAUGAGAAGAAACGUGUUGUUUGCGAACCUCUGGAGUUGGCCCAGGAGUUCCGUAAAUUCGAUCUAUCGGCACCUUGGGAACAGUUUCCCAAUUUCCGCAACGCUAAUCCACCAGCCGAGGUGGUUCCACCACAAGCGGCGCCGGUCAAGAAGUGAGAGGACCUUAAAUUACAGUUUUGUUAAAUGCUAAUUAAAAGAAAGAUCAAUAAAACACUAUAUUAUGCAUAUAGGUAAUGUGAAAAAUAAA